AUGUCGUCUAAACCCGUCAUCGUGUUCGUACCAGGCGCCUGGCAUUCGCCCGAGGCAUUCUACCUCGUGGUAGGCGAGCUGGAAGCAGCCGGCUAUGAGACCAGAGGCGUCAGACUGGCCUCCGUCGGCUCGCCCGAGCCGCUCAAGGACUUUCAACCCGACGUGGAAGCCAUUCAACAAGUCUUGAGACCAUUAAUCGAGGACGAGGAAAAAGACGUCCUGCUCUUCGUUCACUCGUAUGGGGGCGUCGUGGGAAACGAGGCGGUCAAGGGCUUCGACAAAGUCUCACGCGAAAAGCAGGGCAAAAAGGGAGGGGUGUCGCAUAUCUACCUCUGCUGCGCAUUCGCCCUCCCCGAGGGCGUUUCCUUGAUGGACGCCCUGAAUCAGACACCCUUGCCUUGGUUCCAAAUCAAUGAGGAAGAAACCAUCGUCAAUCCCGCCACGCCGAUUCAGACAUUCUACAAUGACGUUGACGGUCCUGAGAAAUACGUCGCAAUGCUGAAGCCACAUAGCUAUCGCACCUUAUUUUCCAAGGUGACGGACCCUGGUUGGAAGUACGUCCCGAGUACAUAUCUGCUGUGUGAGAAGGAUGAGGCAAUCCCGAUUGAUGCGCAGAAAGGGAUGGUCGAGGGAGCUCAAAAGGCCGGGGCACAAAUGAAGGUUGAAACCGUGAAUGCCAGCCAUUCCCCGUUCUUGAGUGUACCACAGGAGGUAGCGAGGUCGAUUAGGCGGGCGGCGGGUGAAUCACUAUGA